AUGAGAGCACUCGUUCUCCUCAGUCUUCUUUUCACGGUUUGCGUGAGCGCCGGUCUAGUCGACCUGAAAAAUUCUGCUGAAAGUAUCAAAGGUCUUAUCAAGGAAAGAGUGGUCGACAAGAUUAAAAAUACUGCACACCGCAUUAAAGAGUUGGUCAAAAGAAGGUCUACUGAUAAAGUGCAACCAAUGGGAGACUCGAUUGAAGAAGUGAACCUACAGAACCAUAUUGCCGGCGCUCUAUUUCAAGGAGAUAUGGUUCUUACGAAGGAACAAGAAGACCAAAUUAUCGAUGAUAUCACCAACGACGGUACCCGCGCUAGGAGGCAAGCUCUUCGAGACCCAAAGUACCCUGGUAUGAGAUGGCAUGAAGGUGUCAAAUACUUCUUCGAUUCAAGUGCCAGUCCACAAGUGAAAAGUGUCUUCAAGAAAGCGGCAGCCCAAUGGAUGGCUGACACUUGCAUCGAUUUCAAAGAAGUCCCGAAUCAAGAAGAAUCCGCAGAGGAUAGCAUUCGUGUGUACAUGGAGGACGGAUGUUGGUCGUAUGUCGGCAGACUCGGAGGCAUACAGAACCUUUCACUUGGCAAAGGCUGUGAA